AUGAAUACCUGUAAGCAUCGACGCCGGGAUUCUGGAUCUUACUUGCCGGAUCCCAGCUUCUGGACAACACUUAGCCGCAUCACUUUCUCAAAACUCUCCUUGAGAGAGCUACGGAGACAGACAAGUCAGGACUACCCAGUCCAACCUUCAAGACCCUCGCACUUAGCUACUACCAUCCUCGACUGUCUGGACUCAGACCGCAUUAAAGACCUUAAGAGAUUCGCGCGACGCGGGGGACCGGAUAUCAGUGACCUCCGAGAUUAUCCGUUGCCUCAGGACCAAAGUGUAUACUCGCAUCAUCCACCGACCUUGGCUUUGGCGGAGGGUAAUCGACAAAGCUCCUCCACAUCCACAAGAGCAACACGUACUAGUAUGACUACGUCGACUUUGAGCAAAAGCCAGGGAAGAGCUGCAGCGGCCACACAGGGGAGGGGUCGCCGUAAGAAUACCGCCUCCAGCUACGGCCUCCUUCGAGACAUCGAUGCAGUGAUGCUGAAGGAGAAGAACAAGCAAAAGAACACUACCGCCUAUGACGCGAACUUCGAAAGACAUUUAAUUCAACACGGAAUAUACCCCUACACCUUUCGGGACACUAACGACAAAAGGCUGACACCGCCAAAAAACUUCAACUCUAUCAAACGUCGGCUAGCCCGACGCCGGGCAUCUCUCGCGCGCUCAACUAUUGAAAAUAUGUCCAACAAAAUCGAGGCUGUUCAUGAUCACGCUUGCUGUGAGCAAGAAAUCAUAGAAUCGAUGGUGCCUUUUAUUGAAGGACUCAAGGAUCGAUUUCUGUGCAAAGGGGGCCGAGUAUGGGACAACUUCGCCCCGUUGACCGACGCGAAAGUCAAGCUGGUGAACCCAAAACCGGACCGGUUUUAUGGCUCACACGCCCAUGCACUUCUCAACGAACAGGUCUGCCGUGAGCUCAGUCAGACAAUUAUACCCUCGAGAAAAGAUGAGCUUACCAUCUUGCCGAACUUCACUCUAGAAGUAAAAGGCCCUCGUGGGGCAGGGGAUGUCGUAAAACGACAGGCCUGUUAUAAUGGUGCGUUUGGAUCUAGGGCUAUGCAUUCCUUGCGUGAAUACAUCCACCAAGCAACGGCAGAAAAGGACAAAGAAGAUGAAAACGAAGGCGAAGAAAGUGCACUAUUUGACAACAAUGCCUACACAAUUUCUGCCACGCUCGAGUCCAUUACUGGGACGCUAACGCUCUACACAACUCAUCCAAGAAAAAGGAAACGGGCCGAUGAGCCAAACCAAGAUCCCGAACAAGUCAUGGCGCGCCUUGGGUCCUGGUGUGUAAUCAAUGGCCCCGAGGAAUUAUUGGGGGCCAUUUCUGUGUACAGAAACGCGCGGGACUGGGCUAGUGAGCAGAGGGAAGAGCUCAUACGGAAGGCGAACGAUGCAAGGUUUUCUGACAAGGCUGGUCCUUUAGGAGAUGGGGGAGACGAGACUGUUCAACGAAAACGAAGACGAGUGUUGAAGGACCAAAGCUCUCGGCGCCUUACAUGA